GUCUCCAGAAUCACGCCUGAUUUCAACCAAACCAUAGAAGCCAACCUUGUUUUUUUUUUUUCAUUGAUAACUUGGACGAAAUUUCUGAGUUUGGUUGUUGUUCGCGACUUUCACGCAUGACUGCACUCGAUCUGCAUAAUGCACUUUUCACAUCAGACAAAGGACUCCAUGCUACGCCUACGCCCGCUCCCAUGACACGUACGCACACACGUAUUCUUUCACUCACGACAGUCCAAGAACAAUCACACGAUCCCACAUCUCCAACUUACAACUCCCCCACCUACCACGACCUACUCUCACGCCAACCACUCCACCCAGACGGUCCACGACAUUGGGACCUCGGUCUUGACCUCACAGGAGACCCAAUAACAGCAGCAGAAUGUAAAAGCCUCGAAGACCGGUUCAUAAAAGCAAAACUGCGUCGUUUAAAGUGGAUAUGUGGAGUUUUUGAAAUUGUUUUUGGUACAUGGGCUAUAUAUUGCACGAUUCGCUAUUCCCUCGCAUUCCAAACGGCUUUUACGAGCGAUGUACCCAUACGCACGCUUGCGCUCGUGCUAUGCGUUGUUUCUGGGAUUACUGUCGCGGGAGUGGUUGUAACACUGUUUAUGCCGCUUCUUCCUGAUGGUGGAGAUGGACUCGUUCGUUCUGCGAGGAUAGUCUUCAGAGGGUGUUUUGUUGUGUUGAUACUUGCGACGGCGAUCGUGAAUCUUGUGUUUGUUUUGGUGUGGAGACCCGUGGAUAGAUGUGGGUGGGAUAUGGAUAUUUCGUGGUCGGCGACGGUUGCGAUCGCUGGAGAUUCGACAGCGAGCCAAUGUCGUACUGCGAGUCUUGCAGCUUGGACGAUCGUUGCGUCCUUAAGGCUUAUUGCUACUUUGAUCAUGGUGUUGUUGUACCUUUACUUCCUCAGAGCGUAUUCUGAAGCGAGGCACCCUUCGAGAUAUACCAGGGACAUGUACUACCCUCCAUUAAUGGCCUCGGAUGAUGUUGUAAACUCGCCUGUAUCCACUAUCGACUCACCUAUAUCGACUCUCGACCCAUCACCAUCGAGGAUGUACUUCAACAAGCUAAUACAGCCUCAAGCUGCACUAGGAAGGUCUAACUCAACGUUAGCACUCACUAAUUCAAGUGUCACCCUUGCGUCUUCCAUCUCCCCUUCCCCCUCCCAUUGUCACUCUCACUCCUACUCCCAUCUAAGCACCCAAGCCAUGCACACACAAUCCUCCAACCCCGCACCCCGAACUUCCAACCCGAUAUGGCGAAAUUGGACAAAUCUGCGGCUAUCAAUACAAGACCAUCAAAGGCACAAUAGUCUUUCCGAGACACCCACACCCCGCAUGCUCCGCCGCAAGAACCGCAUUACUAUCCCGAGUGAACUUAUCUUGCUGAAUGCGAAUACUAUUACCCGGUGCCUGGGAGGAGUGCACGAAAGUGUGUGCCGCCGGUCUUGGUCUUGGUCCUGAUGCCUCGUCGCGGGUUAUUUCAGGGUCGGACCACUCUGUGGGCGUCACUGAAGGUCAGGGUGUGUGUCCGGUGGAGGGCCGCGGGAUCAGGACUGAUUCUGUGGG